UGCGUUGGGAUGUAGAGAAGCUAAUGAAUAUUUUUAGUGUUGCUGAUAUGAGAGCUAUUCUUACUAUUCCAUUGCCUCUAUUCCCAAAACCGGAUAAAUUAAUUUGGCACUUGCAUAAGAAGGGUGUGUACUCAGUUAAAUCUGCCUAUUUUUGAGCCUUAGAAUUGUCGGGUAGGACUGGUGUGCUGGGUUAUAAUGAUGGGUGGAAUCGUCUUUGGUCUCUUGAUGUUCCUCCCAAAGUUCGGGAUUUUCUUUGGCGUACUUGUCGUGGAGUGCUUCCUACUCGGGAUAUUCUUUUGAGGCGUGGGAUACAUGUACCUGCUGCAUGUCUUUUUUGUGAUCAUGAUGAAUCUAUUUCACAUGUUUUUUUGCAUUGUCCAAUGGCUGUUGAGUUAUGGAGACUUGCUGGUUUUUCUACUGCUGUUGAUUUUUCUAUAUUCAUGGAUUUCUUUAUUCAUAUUUAUAAUACUUUUGGCAGAGAAAGGACUGCACGUAUGGCUAUACAUGCAUGGAAGUUAUGGCAUGCCAGGAAUGAAAGAUUGUGGGUCAAUAAAGUUUUGUCACCCAGUGAGGUUCAUCAUGCUGCUAGUUCCUAUUUUAAUGAUUAUGUGGCUUCACUUGUGUCUCGACCAAGGACGUUAUCCCACCCAUCUGUUCCUCGUGUGCUCCCAUUGCAGUAUUUGAGGACUUGGAAGGCUUCUUUUCCAUUGCAAUUUCGGGUUUCUAUGAGGGGGGUGGGCAACCUGUUAUUGCUGAAGCUUUGGCCUUGCGUCAAUGUUUAUCUUAUGCUAGAGAUUGUUUUCUUCAGGCGGGUUGUAUUUUUACGGAUAACCAAUCUUUAGCCUUGGCUAUUCGCUCUCCUCUGGAUGACUUUUCAGAGUUUGGAUUAGUUGUUUCUGAUUGCAAAGAUGUUAUGCGGUCUCAGGGUAACAUUCAUGUUUGUUGGGUACGGCGUUCAGAAAAUAGAGCCGCCUAUUUAUUAGCUAGA